AUGUCUCAAGAUGUAGAGAUAACAAAAAAGAAAACUCCAUCUUUGGGUAAAAAAUGGAGAGUUAAAAGAUAAGGCUCUAUCUUGUCAGAUUCAUAAAGUACAUUUGAAGACAGUAGAAUCACAUUAUUAUUAUUUGAACAAUAUCGAAUUGUAGAGAUGACAAGAUUUUGUGUGAUAUUUGGUACUUAAAUAAUAGCAAUAAUGGAAGUAUGUAUGUUAUAUACAAAUAUAGUAUGAAUGUUCAUUCUCAGAUCAAUUUGUAAAAGAAUUAGAAAAGGAGACUUUAAUAUUAUUGUACAUCAUAUUUUUGAUGACUGCUGCUGCAAGUACAUGCUUUCCCCUUGCUAUCGUCUAGUUUUCCUCACUUUAAUUUCCUACCAAGUUCUCUUAACCUAUAAGAAGAAAGCUAUGGUAAUCACACCUUAAGCUAGUCUCUUGGAUUCAAAUUUGAUUUA